CAACCCAACGUCCAGCCACCCACCAUGUCCUCCAUUCGUGCAUUGAGCAAACACUCUCGCUCGCUGUCGCGUAGCUUGCAGAUACAGCAAAGCUCGCAACGCUCAUUCCAUUCACCGUUCAUUGCAUUGUCCUCGAAUACGUCACCAAUUACGAACCCUCCUCCUCCAACGUCGAAUUUCUCAUCGAUAUACGAGAAGCAACUCGAACACUUGUCUGAACCAGUCCUUUCGGGUUCUGGACAGCGUACUUACGUUGUAUCCGAGCCUGAUCCCGCUCAUACCCCAUACGAAGUCCCUUCUGGCGCGUAUCCCACGUCCGCCCCAUACCAGAAUUACACCCUUACGGAGGCUCCUUCGGACCUUCCGAGGUCCUCGACAAGUGCGAGCUACGCACAUCCGUUUACUACUCGCGCAGUUCCGCAAAACGAUUCAGGGGUGAAUGAUAGCGCUGCGGUCAGAUACAGCGAGGCUCCAGGCGAGCUUCACCAGAAGGGCGGUAGCUAUGGAGGACUUGGAUUGAUGGAUGCAAAGACUACGAGGAAAGGAAAGGGCGAGUUGGCGGAUAGGAAUCUUGCGCCUGAUAACCCCAAGGUUGCAGAGAAGUUCUCCGCUGCCGGCGUUGACAACGCUUGGAAGCAGCGAAAGUAGCGGGUCGUAUUCUUAUUCUUUCAGAUAUCUUGGGGGUCUUGCGAGGCAUACUUGGCGGUCGUUAUGGUUCUGUUUAAUGCUCACGGUUAUCUUUGGAUCUUGUCUUCUUGUACCAUAUCUUGGGGCUGUAUGAUUCGUGUACUAUAUGCUGUCGGUCUUGUUCUCUCUUUUUCUCUUGCAAUGUUCUGCUUGUCCUGUUUCCUCGUAUUCACUGACUGGGCUUUUUUUCAAUAACCAAACUCUGUACUGUCGCAUACAAUGAUACGAAUAUUGGUCUCU